AUGGCGUUAUUUCUGUUGUUCGAGUCGUCGUCAGGCUACGGCCUGUUCGAAGUCAAGGCGCUGGACGAGUUGGCGCAGAGCUCAGACGCUGUCCAAGCGUCCGUGGCGGAUCUCACUCGCUUCAGCCAGGUCGUCAAUCUCUCCGCAUUCAAACCCUUCAGCUCGGCGGCAGACGCGCUCGAGCAAUGCAACGCCGUCUCUGAAGGUACGCUCUUUGUUCUCCGUUCCAUCUCCUCGUUCUCGCGUCUUUCCGUGCGGCGCCCUCCGCUAGUGUUAUCCGCACAGACCGUCUUAGCGCACUGGGUAUGUCCUUCGGGUGCGUGUUGCGUGUGGCGGCGUGCGCUCGUGCUGAGUCUUGCCGACGGAGCUCACGCUGUUGCGCGUACCGCGCGGCUGUGCUGGUGCGUGUGUUUCGUUCUUGCAGGGCUGUUGACCCCGGAGCUGCAGAGCUUUCUGGAGAUGAAUCUGCCCAAGGCGAAGGGCAAGGCGGGCAAGAAGCCGUCGUACCAGCUGGGCGUGUCGGAGUCGAAGCUCGGCUCCGCCAUUCAGGAGACGGCGGGCGUGCCGUGCGUCAGCAACGACCUCGUCAUGGAGCUCAUGCGCGGCGUGCGGCUGCACUUCGCGCGGUUCGUGAAGGAGCUGAAGGAGGGCGACGUGGCGAAGGCGCAGCUGGGGUUGGGGCACAGCUACAGCCGCAGCAAGGUGAAGUUCAACGUGAACCGCGUCGACAACAUGAUCAUCCAGGCCAUCUCGCUGCUCGACACGCUCGACAAAGACGUCAACACCUUCUGCAUGCGCGUCAGGGAGUGGUACUCGUGGCACUUCCCCGAGCUCGCGCGCAUCGUGACGGACAACUACACGUACGCGCGCGUGGCGCGGCGCGUGAAGGAUAAGGCGACGUUGACGGAGGAGGCGGUGGCGGAGCUGACGGAGAUCAUCGGCGACGAGGACAAGGCCAAGGAGGUGCUCGACGCCGCCAAGGCCAGCAUGGGUCCGUGCGGGGGCGGGGGCGUGGGGAGGAAGGCGAAAGGGAGGGAUGUUGUGUUGCUGGCUGGGGCCAGGCAGGGGGGCACGCAGGGCAUCGCGGCGAGAGAUGGGGCGCGUAAGCAGAGGAGCGAGGAGGGUUGCAGAGGCAGCAGGAGGGAGGGUGGGGGUGGGGAAGUGCGGGGCAGGGGUUUAGGCAGUGGUGUUGGCGUGAGAGUUUGCUGGUGGGGCGGCGAUUUGAAAUUUGCUGCAUUCGCGUUCGAGCGCCAGGUUCCUUGCGUACUCCCCUCGCCCCCUCCGCGCUUUCCCCCGCCCCAUCCAUCCAUGCAGCUCCCUUCCGCUCCCCUCCUCCUCAACCUCACCGCCCUCCCCGCUCCCUCUCAGCGCCAGGACAUCUCGCCGAUCGACCUGAUCAACAUAGAGGCGUUCGCGUCGCGCGUGGUGGCGCUGGUGGAGUACCGGCGCGACCUGCACUCGUACCUGUCCGCCAAGAUGCACGACGUGGCGCCCAACCUCGCCGCGCUGAUCGGCGAGAUGGUGGGCGCGCGCCUCAUCUCGCACGCGGGCAGCCUGACCAACCUCGCCAAGUACCCUGCCAGCACCGUGCAGAUCCUCGGCGCCGAAAAGGCGCUCUUCAGGGCACUGAAGACGAAGGGCAACACGCCCAAGUACGGGCUCAUCUUCCACUCGUCGUUCAUCGGCCGCGCGUCCGCCAAGAACAAGGGGCGCAUCAGCCGCUACCUCGCCAACAAGUGCUCCAUGGCCUCGCGCAUCGACUGCUUCUCAGUUGUCAGCUGGCCUGCUGUGCUCUGGCUGCCCACCAACUCAUCUGUUCCUCUCUCACUCUUGUCCCCUCCUCCCACUCGUGCCACGGGUGCUGCUGUGCUCGCAGAGGCAUCGACGAGUGUGUUUGGGGAGAAGUUGAAGCAGCAGGUGGAGGACCGCCUCGAGUUCUACGACAAGGGCGUGGCGCCCAAGCGCAACCUCGACGUCAUGAAGGCCGCCAUCUCCGCCGCCAAGGCCGAGGCGCAGGCCGACGCUGAUGUCGGCUCCAAGCGCCCUGCAGAGGGAGAGGCAGCAGCAGGGGGUGCAGCAGAGGGGACACCAAAGAAGAAGAAGAAAAAGGCAGCAGCGGAGGCGGAUGGGGAGACGCCAGGCAGUAGCAAGAAGAGCAAGAAGAAGGUGAAGGAUGCGGCUGCAGGGGAGGCAGCAGCAGCCAGUGCUGAGAAACCAAAGAAGAAAAAGAAGGCUGCCGCCACAUAG